AUUGUUUUGACUGAAAAUGCCGUCGGUUUCGAAAACGGCGGCCAAUGCGUCUCCUCAAACCGAGAAACCUACCCACUAUACAUACUUGAAGGAGUUUAGGACAGAGCAGUGUCCGUUGUUCCUCCAGCACAAGUGUACGCAGCACAGACCCUUUACGUGCUUUCAUUGGCAUUUUCUCAACCAACGGCGGAGAAGACCCAUCCGAAGAAGAGACGGAACUUUUAACUACAGCCCCGACGUGUACUGCACGAAAUACGACGAGACCACAGGCAUCUGCCCAGAUGGAGAUGACUGUCCUUAUUUACACCGGACCACUGGUGACACAGAGCGCAAGUACCAUCUACGCUAUUACAAGACUGGCACUUGUAUCCAUGAGACAGAUGCUCGAGGGCAUUGUGUGAAGAAUGGCCUUCACUGUGCUUUUGCUCACGGGCCACAUGAUCUCCGACCUCCAGUCUAUGAUAUCAGAGAGAUUCAAGCACAAGAGGCCCUUCAGAAUGGACAGUUGGGAUCUGGAGAAGGUAUUCCUGAUCUGCAGCCAGGUGUAUUAGCCAGCCAAGCUAUGAUUGAGAAAACUCUGACAGAAGACCCCCGGUGGCAAGAUACCAACUUUGUUUUAGCCAACUAUAAAACAGAUCAGUGUACAAAGCCCCCAAGACUAUGCAGACAGGGCUACGCUUGCCCCCACUACCACAACAGUAGAGAUCGAAGAAGAAAUCCUAGAAAGUUCAAAUAUAGGUCAACUCCUUGCCCUAAUGUGAAACAUGGUGAUGAAUGGGGCGAACCAUCAAAGUGUGACAGUGGAGACAGUUGCCAGUAUUGUCACUCUCGCACUGAACAGCAGUUCCACCCAGAAAUCUACAAAUCUACCAAAUGCAAUGAUAUGCGACAAACUGGAUACUGUCCCAGAGGACCGUUUUGUGCUUUUGCACAUGUAGAAAGAAUUCCCUCUACAGAGGAGACCAUGAGCUCAUUGCUUACAGUGAUUCAGUCAAGUUCACAGUCCCAGCUGGGCUCGCAGCAGUAUUCAGAGUGUCCAGUCAGUGAGUGGAACAGUGGAGGCAACUCCACCAACAGCGCAACCAGUAGCAACGGACAAGUAGGAAGUGUUUCAUGUUCUAAUAGCUCAACUGUAACUCCAAACUCAGGAAGCGACAGUUUGAUAUCCCCAGUGGGAUCCAUCAGCAGGCCCAAAUCCUUAACUAAUAGUAGCUUAUGUUCAGAGUCCACCACAUCCAGUGUCUCAUCUCUGACGUCUAACUAUCCUAAAGCUCCGGGCUUUGAACGUGUGGAUCAGAUUAAGAACAAGGGGCAGCUGGAUCAGAAAUUGAUGGACCAAGAAAAACAGACACAAAACACUGUAUUCUCUGCGGUGAACCCUUUGGCAUCAAGCUUUACCUCCAGUAUAACAUCCAGCUUGGCCUCCAGUAUUGGCUCAGAUAGUUCUUCACCCACCACCUUAUCAACAAUGAAUGCAAAAGCCACUCCUUUCUAUCCAGGGAGCACCACAGUGGAGUCUGUCAUAGGUGUAUUUUGUUUUCCCUCAGGAUCCGCUCUGGACCUCAACUUUAGUGACAUUAACGUUGCAUCUCUUGAUAAGGAGUUAGAAGAGCAAGACAACAACGUAGGAUUGGCAAGUCAAAGGGUGUUAUGUGGAUCUGCUCCGGUUAACAUUCCUGGCUCCCUGGCUCGAUCGUCUUCUUUUAAUUCCUCGUCAUCGCUCUCCACCUCCCCGCUAAGCUCCCUGUCACAGUCUCUGUCUCAGUCCCUGCUGUCUGGGACGGUAUCGCAGCAAAAUCAACCUUCAAACAUGUUAGCCAAGCAAGAGCACGGCCUCCUGGGAACACCCACCUCCUCUUCCCAGAACUCUCUGGGCUUGAAUGGAGGGGCGAGCAGCAUUUGGGACUUUGUAAGUGGCAGCUUUUCACCGAGUCCAUCUCCAGUUUUCAGCAGCCUAACCUCUGCAGCCAGCAGUGCUGAUCUAGCUCGCCUUUUUAGAGAUCUGGACGAGGCCAAGAGGAAGAUCAAACAAUGGGAGGAGGCGUGGCAUCAGGUCAAACAAGCUUGCGAAGCUUGCCAGAAAGACGCUCACGAAGCAAAGGAACAAGCAAAGACGGCUGAGUCAGAGCGGCAGCUGGCGGAACAGAAAUGGGAGGAAACUGAGCGCAAGCUGAAAGAGCUCCAAGGGGACUUUGAUGUGCUUUGUCGCACCCCUGGAACACCUCUUCUACGUAGCUAUGGAGAGCUGGACGAGCUCCCCUUGUCAAAGCUUCACUCCAUCCAGAGUCAGCUACGUAAUGACCUAGACCUUAUAGACGGGGUAAUAUAUCAGCUUCAGUCAAAGAAAUGUAUAGUUUGCCAAAAGCAUGAUCGUUGCAUUGUUCUGCAGCCUUGCCAACAUUAUGUACUAUGUGAGAACUGUGCACCUAGUAAAACAGAAUGUCCCUACUGUAGAACAAAAAUAUUGAAGUGGUGAUGUAAAAAUACUCGAGGUACUAUUUAAAGAUUUAGCCCUUUGAAAAACUACUAAUAGAUAUUACAUUUUCUAAAUAGCAAUGUCUCUUUCAUACAGUGAUUGAAUUCAUUUAUAAUACGAUGAUGUUUGACUGAGAAAACAAAUUGUAUUAUGAAUCAGAUUGUGUACAGGGGAUUCAAACAUUGACAAAACAUAGAUUUUGCUCAUUUUAUGUGCACAUUACCUUGCUCAACCUUUCUGUGUGAAAAGUCACACAAUCAAAUUAGAAUAUUUAAGUACCUUGUGAUUGCCUUUUUCAAAUGUUCUGUCAUUUGGACACUGUGAAGGACAUAAAUCUUGUGUCCAGAUAUCUGCAUUUUGUGUACGCUUUAUCAAGAAUACAUUUUGGCUAAACACUAAAUGCAGGCGUGCUUUCCCCAAAGAUGCAAAUAUGCAUUGACAACCUGUAAAAAUAGCUCUUACAGUAAAGACAAUGAAAAAAUUCAAACCGAACCAAUAAACUAUAAAUAAAUAAAGACAUUAAUGUUUCUUCAUCUUUACUCUUAUGUUUGCUGUUUUUGGAUUGGAAGUACUUCACUGCACUUUGGAAUUAUUGUGGAUAAAUCUGAUCUCUCUACUUAAUGCACUUAAAAGUCCACCCAGAGCAAAUCUGAAGACAUUUCAACUCCAAAUUUUCUGAAAAUUCUGUGGAAAUGUGUGUUAAGUCAAACGGUUUGAGUAAAUCUGUUGCAACACAGAUUCUUGUAUUUGAAGAAAGCGAUAAAGGGAAGAAAACUUACUUACUGUAACUUUAAUAUUAUAUCUUAACUAACUAAAAUAACUAAAAUGUUGUAGUUUUAUUACAAUUCAAUUACAUGUACUUCUCAUACUUUUUUUUAGUCAUUACGAUGGUAGAAAAAGUGUGAUAAUGUCAGAGGGGGAGUUUCCCUGUAGCCCACCAACCUUCAUAACAAUUGGAAAAUUAAAAUGUCCUGAUUGUGGAUCAAAACAAUCCCACACAUGAGUACAGAAAUACAGCUAGUGCCAAUGGCAUUCCAGGUUCUGAAAUGCAAAGAAAUCACUGUGUAAAUGUUUGAAACAUACUGCCAGGAAAUGUUGAGUUCACUCUCACACUGUAAAUCCAGUGAUGUUACACAUAAAAUGGGCAAAACUCAAAGCUGAUUUUUCUUUAAUUAAAGAGGAAUACGCAUAAAUAAACAAAUUGAAUCGGGAGCUUAUGGAAGCAGACCUUACAUUCAAGAACAUGAAUGUAACCAAUGCUAAAUCAGGAAAUCAUAUUUAUGUUUUUUACAUAAUUAGUCUGAAAAACUCAUGUGGUCAUACCAUUUAUAGAGCUUAGGGCUGCCAAAACAGACAUGUGUGAAAUGAGUCGCUGUUCAACUUCAUCGUACCAGAAGGUGCUUAAUCGUUAAGGAGCUCCAUGCUCUUCAUUAAUCAUUAAUGCACACUUGAGUUCAACACUAUGGGGAAUGAUUGAUGAAAUUGAUUGAUUGGCCCAAGUAUUGUCCCACAAUAGACUGAAUAUGCAGCCUUGUAAAGUAUUUCACAUUCAAUGAGGUAUUAGUGUUAAACCUAUAUGUGUAAAUCAGACAAACCAAGAGAGCAAGAAAACACAUGGAUGCUAAUGUUGCAGUGUUCCUCUUUAAGUAAAGCCACCUUUUUCUUUUUUAAAUGCAACCAGUCAAACAUCAUUAUUUUGACCAACUCUCUGAAGAAGUUUGAUUUCUUAUUAAAGCACUUUGUUGACCUGGGACUUUAUUCAAGGGUAUAUAGAAUUUUGCUUUAAGCUGCUUUGUAGGUAUUCUUUUGUGUCUUUUUUUAGAAUUAUAUAUUUUUUUUCUAUAUAAGCUAAUGUCUGAAGCUUUUGUGUGUACUGUGAAACAUAAUUUGGAUAUUUCAUGUUUCCUAUUGUUAAAUCAUGGCAUGGUUCAACAUAUUAAGAUUUCAUAGAAAAGUACUUAAUAGUUUCUACUUUCAUAGUUAGAUUUAUAAAAUUUCAAUCAAAUAAGUGCAGAUUUAAAAUGCAUUUUAGGCAUAACCAGCAGCUGUAAUAUCAGUAAGGCACAUGCUACAUGUUAAGGCUGUUAUUCAAUCAGUUAGUUUUGUUUUGUAGAGAUUUAUAUAGCAUAGCCUAUUAGAGAAGCAUGUAUUGUAUUUGCUAAAAGCCUGAGAUGGUGAUUUUUGUAGGAAUCUAGCCUCUUGACCUUGUCUAGAACAUAUCGGCCUCUAACUCUAAAGUGCCUUGCCUUAGUUAAAAACGUUAAGUGUAGAAUUGUCAGAGCAAACACAAGUAGUUGGAGCUUGUGCACAGGUUUCUGCAUAACGUGUCUUGUUUUUAACUUUGCAGAAUUAUUGACGUGUAUGACUAUAUGUGUUUAUAUAAAUAUAUGCCAGUGUAUUAGGCCCAAUCCCAUUAAGUAUUUCUGCAGAAGAUAAUUGAAAACAAACAUUGUCAGUGCCUGUGUCCUGACUUCAAACAUGGAAACGAACCUUCCCUCCAGCUAACCCACCCACUCAUUCCUUGGUCAUGGUGCUCUUUUGGUGCAGCUUCAGUCUUUAAAAUUAGGUUUUAUGUUUGGGAGUAUGCAAACAGGAAAGACGAAUUUGUAAAGCAACAUAUAAAAUAUGCUUUUUAAACAUUUCAGUAAUUUGUUUUGUUGUAAUAACUCUGCAGUGAAUGAAGAAUUCCGUAGUUGACUUGUAAGUUGGAUAGGACUUGUGCUUACUGUAGGUUCCUCUAAUUGAAAUGACCUUCUACUGUGUUUAAAAAAACAACUUUUUAUUCUUGCGUUAAAUUCAAUAGAAAAUCAUGUAUCUCCAGGUACACUUUUUGCUACUUCUAAAUAUGGGAAAAUGCAUUGUUUACAUUCACAUAAAUGACAAUUAAGCAACUCAGAGGAAAAUUAUUAAGAAAGGUUAUGGUAUUUUAGCAUUUUCAUGAUUAUAUUACAUUGCAUAAAAGGCAGGCUAAAUACUUCUGGUAUUGCAUGUUAUGCGAUAUAUUAACCAGCUACAAAAAAAUAAAGAAAAAACAUUUAAAAAAAAAAAAGUUUGCACUGUGUCACACUGCCAGAAUAUUUGUAAUGAUUUAUUUUUAGUGUAGUAAAGGCUAAAUAACUUCUGCAAGCUUCGCUGCUACUGGAAAAGGUAUUAAUGUAGUUUAUUGUUAUACAUUUAGAUGUUUGAAUGUUGUUGUGCAUCCACAGCUCAGAUUUCAAGACUGACAUAAUCUGUUUUAUGCAUCUCAAAACUAAAUCUUAUUUGGUUGAAUUAUUGAUUUGUAGAUCCAUUUGAGUCAACGUUUCAGUACUUUUGUAUAUUACUAAGAAUGAUGUCACAGACCUGUACUGCUGUAGAUUGUCCCUUUUUUGAAUUGAUGGAAGGUAAAUGUAUUUUUUUCCGAUUUAUUUUCCCCUAUACACUGAAUAGAAGUGUACGGUGCAGCUAAUUUCACAGGGUCCUUUGGUCUAUUUGGUUUUGCCUGUGAAGCCGACUAAAUUAAUGAUGUCUAGUGUGAAAAUCUAAAAAUCAACCAAAGUGGUGUUUUAGUAGCUGUCUAAAUGCGGAACCAAGACAAAGAGAGUGAACUAUUUGAUUGACCUACAUUUAUGCAUAAUUCAUCCUUAAAAUGUGGUCGGAUCUUGAUCAGAGUCACUAUAAUACACAAAUGCAUUCUGUGCAAACUUUCAUGUAUUUUUUUUUUUGGUUUGUCAUGUUAAAAUCGUAUGUAAAUCAUUUCACAAAUGACUUUUUUUAAAAGCUACUACAAGUCAGACUUUCCGAUCAGUGAGUUGAAAUUGGAGUUAGUAAUUAGCUGUGCCUUGUUGUUGAGUAGUCGUUUUCCUGCCCCUGGGCCUGAACAACUAUAACUAACUGAGAAAACAAUGCUCUCAAACGUAUGGAAAAGUUUCAGGGUAGCACUUAGUUGUCUGAUGCCUUUUUAUAAAAUGCCCCUAAACGCAGUGAAAAAUGAACUAAAACGGCUUGGACAUUAGAAAAGUAAAAUUAAAGUCAGUUUUGCCCUAAAAGCAAUUAAGAUUCUUUGAUAUGAACUGAAGAGAGCCAUUCAUCAUAAGACAUUCCUGAAAUAUCAAUAAAAUUACACAUUUCGUUAUGGGAAAAUGGGGAAUAGAAUUCCUUCUGGUCAAUGUGAAGAUUAAAUGAACGCACGAGGAAACUUUUAGUUAAGUUCACUGCUGUAAAGUAAGAUUUAACAAAGUUAAACUCUCAGAGCUGAGUUUGAAUGUUCAAGCAAGUUAAGAAUACACCAAAAAAUGUAAUUGUUUUAUAUUGUACUAUUUCAAGCAGAUGUAACUUGUCCAUUAUUGUGACUUUGAAUGCUACCACAUUAUAUGACUAAAUUAUGCAUAAAUGCAGGGAUAUCCAAGGAGUCCAUUUACUAUUUCUUGGUACUGUAUGUGUUCUAAAGGGAAAACUUACCCCUAAACAGAAUUCUAAUACUGUCUAAGUUAUUAGACAGAUCAGCCUGUGUUUGUGAACAGGUCUGAAGUUGUAAAUGGCAGCAUUGUGAUUGGCAGAAAUUCUGUUUCUUGGUGGAUUUUUGCUUUAAUAUUUAAUUCUGUAGGACAUACAGUAUAUCCUCGUAGUGAGUUAACAACAGGACUAUGCCAAUGGCUUUUGCUUACAACAUUAAUGGACUUGAGCCCAUUUUUUGCAGUUUUACCAAAGACCAGAACUGUUGUUAUUUCUUUUGUACUACAUUUCAUCAUUUGUUUUAUUUCAGUAAGAAACCUAAUUGAUUUAAAAGAGUAAUCACCUAGUACCUUAAAUAGAUAAUGUUCAUUAACAGUAAUUAAUGGCAUCUUUUUCUAUCUAAAGUUAGCUAUAGUGAGGUGAUACAGAAAUGAUCAAAAAUGCAUGGGUCAGAUCCUUACAAAAUGUGUAUUUGUAUAUUUGAUUUUGUGUUAAGUAUACAUUGACGUUUCUGGCAGGUUUGUGCAAUACUGGCUCGCACAUGCCGACCUUAAGUAAGGAUUCAAUGUCAGUUUAAUUGUUGUCUACAGUGAAGGAAUGUCAAAGUUGAAUGACAUUUGUGCUUCUGAAGUGGCCAUAUAUAAACUUUUGUUUGUUGAUUUUGCUUAACUACGUAAUCUCAAUCACUUUGGAAAUUGAUGGUUAUGCAUUAUAUGCUGUUAUGAUUGGCCUGCAGUGACUGUAAGGUGCUUUCUUUCUAUCUGACUCUUUGUUUUCUAUUUCUGAAAGCCGUGGUCCAAUUUUUUUUUUUGUUAUGUUAAAUGACGGGGACAGAUGAUGAUUGUGAGAAACAUUAAUGGCAGAUACAGACAUAAUUAAAAACUGAGUUGUUGUAUCAGUAAUUUGUUGUUGGUCUUUCUAGUGGUCUACUUGCCCAAAUCAAGUUUUCUAAAAAAAAUAAAUGACACAAACUUGAUAAGCACAGCUAAUGUCUCUUUAGAUUUGUUAAAUCUAAUGGACCCAUUACACUUUCAAGUACAUCUGUGCCUUUUAAUAAUUACAUAAUGUUGAUUGGUAUCAAGACAAUAUGAGACAGUAUUUGCUCUCAGUCAGAUUAAAAAAUAUGACAAGCUUAAUUGGAAUCUAAAUUCCAGUGCCUUACAAUAUUUUUGUAGACCAUAAUGUGAUUUGCUAAAUGAUCCAACGGAUUCAGGCCACUUGAGCUGAGAGGAAAAAGUUUGAACUAAUGUGCUUCACCUGUUUCACAGAAGUGAGCAGGUUAAAAUUAACUGGUAAUCAGCUAUCUCAGUCUGUAUUUGCCAUACCAUUAAAAACAGCAAUAUUUAAUCAUUGAAUACACAAUUUUAGUCUCAAUUAGUCAUUUGGCACCAAAAAGUCAAUUAUUUGUAAGGAAAAGCACCAAAUAGAAAGAAUCUUGUAAAUGAACUGUAAUAGAUGUAUCAUUAUGCUCUGCAUUGGAAUAGUUUCAUCUAUUUUGCAUUAUUGUUAGUUGUUGUGUUGUCUUUUUGUUUUUAAUAUUAUAAAAAUGGAGCCUGAAGAUUUAUGCAAUCUUGUACAUGUAUAUGAUGUAUGGAGCUGUUCAAAUUAAGUAAAAUACUAGUACAACAAGUGUUGUCAAAAGUAAAUCAUCUGAAUGUGGAACCAGUUGUUCCAUAUACUUUAGAAACUUUCAGUAGAAAUGUUAUUUUAACAUUGAAGCCCUGAAAUAUUGAAUGUAUUGUUCUAAAUUAGAUAUUCAAUGAAUAGGUCACUGGAUAUUAUGGAGCGCAGUUAAUUCAUUAUGAUGUAGCAUCUAGUUGUGAA